ACUGUCAAGUUUUUUUUUAUCGUAACUUAAAAAUAAUAAUAACCUACAAAUUAUUCUUAAAUCGAAAUAAAACUGCUGAACUAAAUAAUACAUUUAUGAUUAUAUAUUCGGUAUACAGUUAAGAUUGUAAGUCUGUUAACUUUUUGAUCAUAAUAAUUUCCUGUUCAAUUAUCUAGGCCUUUAAACAGAAAAGAGAUGUUAUCAACCAAAUAUGUUUUUCCUUUUGCGAAUCUGGCAAGAUACAACUCAACAGCCGCUACAUUUGUAAAUAGAAAUCCUAGGAACUUGGAGCGAAUGAGAAUAGCUCGUAAACCCGAUGGCUACCAUUUGGAGAGACCUGGAAGAGUGUUUUGGCACAAACUCAUAAUAACACCAACAAACAGAACAGUAAAAGCUGAAGUCAUACAUUUUGUUAAUGGGCCUGUUAUUGAGGCCAAAACAUCAGAAUUGGCUCUCCGCAAUCAACUGUAUAGUAUGACGGAUACAUGUGCUUAUAUAAACCUUGGUCGAGUAUUUGCCCAAAGAUGCUUAGAGUGUGGGAUAACAGAAAUGUCCUGUGAUAUAGAAUCAAAAAAAGGCAGCAAAAUCGACAAAUUUUUGAAUGAGGUUCUUAAAGGAGGUAUUAAAUUAGUGGAAGAGUCUGUAUAUAAGAAACCUGAGCCAUGGGAUUGGAUAAGAACUGAAAAACCAUGGGAAGUCACGGAAGAAUGACCUGUAUUUUUACCUGUACGUUUAUAAAGUAAUAAAGUUUAGUUGUUUAUAAUAAAUUAA